CAUGGGAGCACUUUGCCGUAAGAUGCAACUCACACCUGCUCAUCUGUUAUGAUUUCUUACCGGCUUUGACAAGUUUAUUUUUCUAAAAGGGAGAGUGGGGAGAGGUAGAUCUAAGAUGGUGGCUAGUGUGGAGAGGGGUAUAUAAGUAGCUGCAGUCUUCUCUGUGCAGACAACUUGUAGGCAGGCAGCUUCUCUCUGCAUACAAGAGGCCGCUUCCAAUUUCUUCCCUCUAGCAGUGUCCUGCUCAAGAUCUCCCUCGAGUUCUUGGGAUCUGCGAUCUCAGGUUAAGCGGACAAGAUGGUGAAGAUCUGCUGCAUCGGAGCUGGCUAUGUCGGCGGCCCAACGAUGGCUGUCAUUGCCGUCAAGUGCCCAGCAAUUGAGGUUGUAGUUGUUGACAUUUCCAAACCUCGCAUUGACGCUUGGAACAGCGACCACCUCCCAAUCUACGAGCCUGGUCUUGAUGAAGUCGUGAAGGAGUGCAGGGGCAGGAACCUCUUCUUCAGCACUGAAGUCGAGAAGCAUGUUGCUGAGGCUGACAUCAUCUUUGUAUCAGUGAACACCCCUACCAAGACCCGUGGUCUUGGUGCAGGCAAGGCUGCCGACCUCACCUACUGGGAGAGUGCUGCUCGGAUGAUUGCUGAUGUCUCCAAGUCUGACAAGAUUGUCGUUGAGAAGUCUACUGUCCCUGUCAAGACUGCAGAGGCUAUUGAGAAGAUCUUGACCCACAACAGCAAGGGUAUCAACUACCAGAUCCUCUCAAACCCAGAAUUCCUUGCGGAGGGCACGGCGAUCGAAGACCUAUUCAAGCCUGACAGAGUGCUCAUUGGUGGCCGGGAGACGCCUGAGGGCAGGAAGGCUGUUCAGGCUCUCAAGGAGGUUUAUGCUCACUGGGUUCCUGAGGACCAGAUCAUCACCACCAACCUGUGGUCCGCUGAGCUCUCAAAGCUCGCGGCCAAUGCAUUCUUAGCACAGAGGAUUUCCUCUGUUAAUGCCAUGUCUGCGCUCUGUGAAGCCACUGGUGCCAAUGUGUCUGAGGUAUCUUACGCCGUGGGUAAGGACUCCAGGAUUGGCCCCAAGUUCCUAAAUGCCAGUGUGGGGUUUGGGGGCUCCUGCUUCCAGAAGGAUAUCUUGAACCUCGUGUACAUCUGCGAGUGCAAUGGCCUCCCUGAGGUGGCCAGCUACUGGAAGCAGGUCAUCAAGAUCAAUGAUUACCAGAAGAGCCGGUUUGUCAACCGUGUUGUGUCCUCCAUGUUCAACACAGUCUCUGGCAAGAAGAUCGCCAUUCUCGGUUUCGCCUUCAAGAAGGACACCGGUGACACCAGGGAGACCCCAGCGAUCGAUGUGUGCAAGGGCCUGUUGGGUGACAAGGCUCAGGUCAGCAUCUAUGAUCCCCAGGUUACUGAGGAGCAAAUCCAGUGGGAUCUGGCCAUGAACAAGUUUGACUGGGACCACCCGACGCACCUACAGCCGACAAGCCCCACGGCCAUGAAGCAGGUGAGCGUUGUCCGGGGUGAUGCAUACGAGGCCACCAAGGGGGCCCAUGGAAUCUGCAUCCUCACUGAGUGGGAAGAGUUCAAGACUUUGGACUACCAGAAGAUUUUUGACAACAUGCAGAAGCCAGCCUUUGUCUUCGAUGGGCGCAACGUUGUGGAUGCCGAGAAGCUCAGGGAGAUUGGCUUCAUCGUCUACUCCAUUGGCAAGCCGCUUGAUGCGUGGCUCAAGGACAUGCCUGCUGUUGCUUAAUUGUGCACAGUUCACUUGAAAGUGCACCACCGGAGAUGCAAGAGUUUGCUUUUGCAGGAGACGGUAUAUUUUCUGUCAGGCAUAAAAUUUGGUUAGUAUGUUUGUCUUGAGUUCUUCAUGCUUGUAUUGCCAUCUGUAGAUUAUACGUACCUCAGUCCAUGGGAUGUUUGUGUCUGAGGAAUGUAACGAUGUUUCUUUGUAUCCAAUGAGCUUUAUAGCUGGUCCAACUGUCUCAAGUUUUUCUCCCCGUAAAAUCGUUUGUUUAUUCA